AUGUCACGAAAGGUUAAGGUAUUGAUUGGGGCGACGGGUAGUGUAGCAAGUAUUAAAAUACCCUUACUCGUAAAAUCUUUAUCACAGAAACAGAAUGUUGAAAUCAAAGUCGUAUCAACAGAUAGAGCAUUACAUUUUUUUGACAGGGAGGCUUUAACAAGGGAUCUUGGUGUACAAGUUGUUACCGACAUUGACGAAUGGAAGGCAUGGAGUAAAGUAUCAGAUCCCGUAUUACACAUCGAGUAUCGAAAUUGGGCAGACUUGUUUAUAAUCGCACCACUUGACGCAAAUACAUUGGGAAAAAUUGCGAAUGGAUUAUGUGACAACUUGAUUACGUGCAUAUUAAGAGCGUGGGAUAUGAACAAACCUGUCAUUGUUUGUCCAGCAAUGAAUACUUAUAUGUGGGAACAUCCAUUCACGUCUAAUCAUCUUGAAAUCGUAAAGGUUAAGUUAAAAUUUGAUGUGAUUGAUCCUAUUAGUAAAAAUUUAGCAUGUGGGGAUACGGGUGUUGGUGCGAUGGCAGAAGUUGCGACGAUUGUAGAAUAUGUUCAACAAAAAUUGUCUUUAAUAAAUAAACAAGAUAAUAUUUAA